AUGGGUUUUGCUCAGAAAAUUGCCGCAGCUCAGAAUAAUCAAAUGGCCAAUAGUGGUUCAUACGGAGGUGCACCUCCAUCGGGAUACACUGGGGGUCCUCCUGCAUCAUUGCAGGCUGGUGGAUCGGAUAUCCAUACGGCGGCUCAUCUCAGCAUCAGAACAAUCCGUCAUCUCCCUAUUCCAGGCCUCCGCCAUCCACCCCCUACCCCGCAUCUCAGCCGCAAUCUCAGGGCUAUGGCCGCCCCCCUCCACCCCCACCACAAGGCCAGCCCUAUGCAUCCGCUAGUUCGCCCUACCCGGGUCAGCAACCGGGACAGCCUUAUGCUUCUCCCAGUUCGCCCUACCCAGGACAGCAUGGACAGCCGCCCUAUUCUGGGCAACAGCAAGCUUCUCCACAAGCGUACCCUGGACAACAGCAAUACCCUGGACAACAGCAAUACCCUGGACAACAACCUUACCCUGGCCAGCAGCCGUCAUAUGUACAAAACACCCCUUAACCAGGCACCACCCUACCCUCAGGGAGCUCCAUACCCCGGUGGCCAGGGCCGUCCUGGGCCCUCGCCUGGACCACCCAGUGGACCACCGCCAGGUCAGUAUGGCGCACCAAGCGGACCCCCACCAGGCCAGUAUGGAGCACCAAGUGGACCGCCACCAGGUCAAUAUGGCGCACCCGGUGGUGCCCCUCAGUCCGCAGCUCCCCCGGCUACCCCGCAACAGGUCGCAGCUUACCACUCACUUUUGAGUUCUACAAUUGAAGAGAAGCGUCUCGGAAGUUUCUACCCCAAAGAACGACUGGACCGGCUUGUUCAGACGCUUGCCGCUGAAGCACCGGGUAAGCUCAACAGGCUGAUUCAUGAAUGGGCCGUGCCCAUGGAGGUUGCGACCGAUGUCAUGAAGCUCGCGCUUUUCGACGUGAUUCUCUACGUUGAUGAUAGUGGUUCGAUCGAAUUCGAAGAGAAGGGACUCCGAAAGGAUCAACUUAGACAGAUUCUUGGCAUUGUGGCUACUGCUGCAUCAACCUUCGACCAGGAUGGUAUUUCUGUUCGGUUCAUGAACUCCACUGAGAAGGGCGAUGGCAUUCGCAACGCGGAUGAUGUCGAACGUCUAGUUUCCCGAGUUCGUUUCUCGGGUCUGACCCCGCUGGGCACCAGCCUGAAGGCCAAGGUCAUCGACCCGAUGGUCGUCCAACCCGUUCGAGCCAAUCGUCUCGAGAAGCCCGUGCUGAUUAUCACCAUCACUGAUGGACAACCUGCCGGAGAGCCUCACGAUACCGUGGGUAAUACUAUUCGUUAUGCUGUGGCGGAGACUUCUCAGACCCAUUAUGGCCCUGGCGCUGUAUCCUUCCAGUUCUCACAGGUGGGAACCGAUCAGCGGGCUCGCGACUUCUUGUCUUCUCUAGACGAGGACCCUCAUAUUGGCCGCCUGAUUGACUGUACCUCCAACUUUGAGGUUGAGCAGGAUGAAAUGUCCCGUGCUAACCCACCAGUGCACCUUACUCGUGAACUUUGGUGUGCCAAACUGAUGCUUGGCGCUAUUGAUUCUUCUUACGACACCAAGGAUGAGCGAGAGAGCCAACGUCGUGGACCGCCUCAGCCGACCGGUCAAUAUGGAGGAGGUUACGGCCAACCUCAGGGCCAAGCUCCUCAGGGGCAAGCUCCUCCGUAUGGACCGCCCCCUGGUGCUCCUCCUGGUUAUGGUUCCCAGUCUGGAUACCCUCAAGGCCAAUACCAACAGCCUCCCCAGCCUCCGUACCAGGGUUCACAGGGUGGAUAUGGUCAGCCACAGUAUCCGCCACAGGGCUCUGGCCAGUAUGGGCCACGUUACUGA